AUGGAGGUUAACAACGUUCACUCGCAAAAGAGGCAGCAUACAGAGAAUGAGACACGAUUGGCGAAGUUGUCGGAUCUUGAUGUUCUUGAUUGUCCGGUUUGUUUCGAGCCUCUCACUGUUCCUACCUUCCAGUGUGAUGAUGGACAUCUAAUUUGCAGUUUUUGCUUAGCCAAAGUGGGUAACAAGUGCCCUGGUCCUGGUUGUGAUUUGUCCAUUGGUAACAAGCGAUGUUUCCCAAUGGAGAAGGUUCUUGAAGCAGUCUUUGUUCCAUGUCGAAAUGCUGAGUUUGGUUGCACAAACAGUUUCUCUUAUGGGAAAGUGUCAAGUCAUGAAAAGGAAUGUAAAUACUCCCACUGCUCUUGCCCUAACCUCGAAUGCAGUUACAAUGGCCCAUACAACAGCAUCUACAGUCACUUUAUGUGUAACCAUCUUUACGAAAGCAUGACUUGUUCCUUUCGUUCCUCUGCUCUUGUUCGGAUAAACGUCAACGAAAAGGUUUUAGUUCUUUACGAGAACAUGGAGAAACUAUUGUUCGUGGUUCAGUGUUUCAAGGAGAGACUUGGUGUUUAUCUUACUCUUAGAAGUAUUGCACCAUCAACUCCAAAAUUAGAGAAGUACUCGUUCUGGCUUUCUUCUAGUGUUGACAGACACACACUUACUUACAAAUCACCAGAAAUGAAGAGGUUUCUUGAAGUGAGUUCUCAGAUCCCUGAAGAGAGUUACAUGUUUUUCCCUAACAGUUUAUUGUGUGGUGAAAUGUUGGAGAUGAGUCUUUCCAUCGUGAUUUCGGACCAAGAGUGGCUCUAG